AUGUGCUUGCUCAGUGUGCAGUUCGGGCUGCAACCGACACUCACGAAAACAUUUACUCCGGAUGGUGUUUGUCGGUCAACUGUAGUACUGGUGCAAGAAGGUUUGAAGUUCUGCUUUGCGUAUAUCAUGCUGAGAAUCAGUGGUGCAAAACAAUCAGCAGUUGUGGGCUGGACGCCAAAUCAAUGGAUUCGCGUUGCAUUCUUACCGGCUGCGUUGUAUGCGUUACAGAAUAUGGCAGCACUGCAAGCCUACCAACAUUUGGACUCGCUCACUUUUAAUGUCUUGAAUCAAACCAAAACACUUUCAGCCGCCAUGUGUUGCUACUUGGUUAUGGGAAAACGGCAAAGUUUCAUGCAAAUUUUUAGCUUGAUUCUCUUACUGCUUUCUGCACUGACAAUGGAAGGAUUGGUGCCACUUGAAUCAUUGAUGUUCCGAUCGUCCAAUGUAUCGACGUCACAAGUUGACUGGAAUUCCACUCAUUGGUCUAAUGGCGUUGCCCCGAUUCUCCUGGCAUCCUUCAUCAGCGGCCUAUCGGGAGCACUGUCACAGAGGAAUUUGCAGUCCAGCGGUGGUGGGAGAAAUCCUUACCUUUUUAGUAUGGAGCUUUGCUCUGCAUCCAUACUGAUAUUGGGCUCAAGCCUUGUUUUCAGCAAUGAUGGCAAAAGAGUUACGGAAGAUGGCUUUUGGGCAGGUUGGGUUCCCCAACUUUGGAUUCCGAUUACAACUAAUGCCAUUGGGGGGAUCAUUGUUGGUUUAGUGACAAAGUAUGCUGGAUCCGUUCGCAAGGGGUUUGCUCUUAUUUUUGGGAUUUUUUUGAGUGGAGUUGUGCAAGCUAUGCUUGAUCAAAGCCAUGGAGUGUCACGGGAGCAAGUAGCAGGAGGCGUUCUAGCUGGAGUCAGCCUGUGGAUACACGCCACCCAUCCUUAUCAGAGCAAAAAAUUGAAGAACGCGUAG